CUGACCUCAAGCUUGACGUGGUGCAAACACAGGAGUCGAGCUGUGCUGCAACAGUUCUGGUAAUUGAUUCCAUAGCAGCCCCUCCGUGCACGCAUCAGCGCUGCGCCUCAGCUCGUGCGUGUGUGCGCGCGUGUGGGAGUGAACCAGAAGCAAGGGAAGAUCCACGCAAGAAGCACAUCCACUUCUCUUGCAGGACAACAAGAAAAAUAGCAGAGCAGCAUUAAAGCGGUCAUGGCCAUCCCCAAGCCGCGCGGCAUCGUCCGGGAGGCUUCCCACCAGAUCAUCGCCGGUGGUUCUGCAGGUCUGGUGGAGAUCUGCUUGAUGCACCCCCUCGAUGUGGUGAAAACCAGGUUCCAGAUCCAGAGAGGAACCAGUGACCCCACCAGCUACAAGAGCCUGGGGGACUGCUUCCGCACUAUUUUCCGCAACGAAGGAAUCUUUGGCUUCUACAAGGGAAUUCUACCUCCCAUCCUGGCCGAGACGCCAAAGAGGGCAGUCAAGUUUUUCACCUUCGAGCAGUACAAGAAGUUGCUGAAUUUGACCCCUUUGUCUCCGGGCCUGGCGCUGUCUGCAGCGGGACUGGGCGCAGGCUUGACCGAGGCCGUGGUGGUCAACCCGUUCGAGGUGGUGAAAGUCAGCCUUCAGGCCAACCGAGAUUCCUUCAAGGAGCAACCGUCCUCGUUCGCUCAGGCCAGACGCAUCAUCAAGUCGGACGGCUUCGGGCUGAAGGGUCUGAAUAAAGGACUGACGUCAACGCUGGGACGCCACGGAGUUUUCAACAUGAUCUACUUUGGUUUCUACUUCAACGUCAAAGAUGCCAUUCCUGCUAACCCGGACCCCACGCUUGAGUUCCUGAGGAAGUUCACCAUCGGCCUGGUGUCGGGGACCAUCUCCUCCUGCGUCAACAUUCCCUUUGACGUGGCCAAGAGUCGCAUCCAGGGUCCUCAGCCGGUGCCCGGAGAGAUCAAGUACCGCACCUGCUUCCAGACCAUGGCUCUGGUCUACCGGGAGGAAGGGUACUUGGCGCUGUACAAAGGUUUGGUGCCAAAGAUCAUGAGGCUCGGGCCAGGUGGCGCUGUGAUGCUGCUGGUCUACGAGUACGUGUCCAAAUGGCUGCAGAGGAACUGGUAAAGACGCCAAAAAGAAAAAAGCGCCUCUGGGAUCGUCCCUCUGCGCACCGUGAUUACCGUAAUACCUGUAAUAAGUGCCUUUAUGAAGUAUCUUAGUGAGUAUACAGCCAAAUGCAAUAUAAUGUGAAUCUUUUUUUUUAAUACCAAAUUUAGUUGUUUUUUAACACCACGCAGUAUUUUAAAUAGAGUACUUUUCAAAUCUUUGGAGGCUUUAUUUCAAGUUCUCAGGAAAUGCAGCAGUCAAUAAAUACACUUCCAAUGAAAACAUCUCAACAGCCAGUAAGUGUAGAAGUAUCUUAUGUAUGCAUGCAGUACACGUACUGCAGGGGUGUCCAAAGUGCAGCUCGGGGGCCUUUUGCAGCCCCACGGUUGUUGUUGGGGGUUUUUUUAUUGGGCCCCCACACGUUCAAAAAAUAUGAUUUAACAAGAAACCUUAAAAUAUAAAGUACAGCAAAAAUAAAGUCAAAAUAUGAAUACAAAAGAAUUAGAAAACGUAAUUUUACGAGAAUAAUGUCUUUAUAUUUUAUAUAUGAGGAAAAAAUACCAUCAUUUUAGCAGCAUAAAGUUGAAAUGGUAAAGAAAAAAGGUGCGGUUUUGUUUCAAGUUGUGAUUUUAUGAGAAACAACCAAAACAAAUAGUUGGAAUUGUUGGAAAAUCAGCUUGUGGAAAAAGUUGCAACGUUACGGCAAUAAAAUCAGAAUAUUAUGAGAAGAGAAUUUACAAGAAGAAACUUAAAAUUGUUGGAAAUUAAAAAAAAAAACAGUAGAAAUUGGGGAAAAAGAGCUGUAAUUUUAAGACAAUAAAGUCAAAAUAUUAAGAGAAAAAGUCACAAUUUUAUGAGAAUAAACUUGUGAUAUUAUGAGGAAAAAUAAUGCCAUUUUAGUAGCAUAGAUUUGAAAUCUUAAAAAAAUGUAUUGUUUUUAAUGUGGUAAUAUGAGAAACAAACUAAAUUAAUGUCAUUUUUGGAAAAUUAGGAUGGAAAAAAGGUAUUUUAUGCAAAUGAAGUCAAAAUAUUAAGGGAAUAAAGUCAUAAUAUGGAACAAAAGGUGAAAUAUUUGGAAUAAGGAAAAAUGGGGGAAAAAGAGCAAAGAGUGAAGUUGAUACUAAUAAUAGGCUUUUUCACGUAUUGGACAAAGCUGAGAUGCAUUCACGUGACUUUCUCUUGGCGAUAAAUAAAGCAUCUUUCUACCUUUUUGGCAUAUCUACUUCAAAAUAUCAAAGUGGCAAAGUUGCAUCCUUUCAUUUUUCCACGAUGUUGCCCUCUCUGGAACCUUUGGACACCCCCGCAUUAGUGCCUUUGCACCGCCACUCGCAUGAUGUGCCAAUCAUGUAGGAUUCAGUCAAAUGUGAUGUCGGGCGCUCGGAGCUGAGCUCGCUCUGCAAACCUCCUCUUGCCGCUCGUUAAGUCGGCGCAGCUUUUGAAGUCGGCCACAGCUCAGGCUCGCCACGGGGGCGGAGUCGACACCCCAAACCCACACGCUUUUUACGUGCAUGCUCACAAAAACGAUAUAUAUGUCAAUAUAUAUAUACGUAUAUAUAUGUUUGAUCCACUUAUGUAGAGCAGCACGAGCGAUAGCUUUGUGUGUGCAUGACUGUGUGCCACUUGUGAACUGAAAUAGGUUGGAUCCAGUAUUUUUUAUUUUAGUUUUUAGUUUUAUUUUUCAUGGAAACUGACAUUUGUCAAUGCAUCUCUUGGGAAAAGAAUAAAAAAAUUGUACUUUUGA